AUGGCCUCGCAGGCCACGGCAGAAAAGCCCGCGGGCCCUGCCUCCGCCGUCGCGGGCCCCAAGCACAAGCAGAAUCAGAAAAAAGAGCUCUACCCCAUGGUCAACUGGAAGUAUGACCUCUUUCUUCACGUCAUGGGCAACGUCGCCGACCUCUUCUUCCGCGAGGUGGUCUCGCGCGGAUCAUGGAAGGUGCCGCAGUCAGGUCCCGUCCUGUUCGUUGCUGGACCUCAUGCCAAUCAGUUUGUCGACGGCCUCAUCCUCCAGCGCACCCUCCGCAAAGAGGCCGGCCGCCGCGUCUCCCUUUUGAUCGCGCAAAAGUCGGUCCACGGCUUCAUCGGUUGGGCCUCGCGGCAGGUAUCGUCGGUGCCCGUCGGGCGCGCCCAAGACGCCGCUACGCCCGGCUCAGGUACCAUCUACAUGCCGGACCCGAUCGGCGAUCCGACGCUGAUCCGCGGCGUGGGCACCAAAUUCGGCGAGGGCGAGGGCGAGGUCCAGGGUAUGCUGUUCCUGCCCUCGGCCAAGGGCGUCAACGGUGAGAGCAUGAAUAUUGAGCGCAUUCUCGGUCCCGACGAGGUUCGCCUCAAACGGCCCUUUAAAGGCCGCCUCGCCAUGCAGCAGCUCACUGGCCGUGACGACAUCGACGACGACGGUCGCUUCACCAACAAGGGCCUCCGCGGCGUCGCGCCCGGUUAUAAAGGCACAAAGUACAAGCUCGCUCCGCAUACGGACCAGACGAGCGUCUACGAGGCCGUUUUUGACCGCCUCCGCAACGGCGGCUGCGUCGGCAUCUUUCCCGAGGGCGGCUCCCACGACCGCACCGAGCUGCUGCCGCUCAAGGCCGGUGUCGCCAUCAUGGCCCUCGGCGCGCUCGCUGAGUCGCCCACCUGCGGCCUCAAGAUUGUGCCCGUCGGUAUGAACUAUUUCCACGCCCACAAGUUUCGCUCCCGCGCCGUCGUCGAGUUUGGCAGCCCCUUUGAGAUUCCCCCGCGCCUCGUCGACAUGUACCGCAACAACCAGCGUCGCGAGGCCAUUGGCCAGCUGCUCGACACGGUACAUCAGGCCCUCGGGGCCGUCACCGUGUCGGCACCCGACUACGACACCCUUAUGAUGAUACAGGCCGCGCGCCGCCUCUACAACCCGACCGGCAAGAAGCUGCCGCUGCCGCUCGUCGUCGAGCUCAACCGCCGGCUGUCGCAGGGCUACGAGCGCUACAAGGAUGACGAGCGCAUUUUGGCCUUGUCGCGGAGCGUCAAGGAGUAUAACGCCCGUUUGCGCUACCUUAACCUCAAGGACCACCAGGUUCAGUACGCCAAGCUUAACUUUUUCGUCGUACUUGCCCUGCUUCUCUACCGCUCCGCCAAGCUCAUCCUUCUUUUCUUCUGCUCUCUGCCGGGUCUCAUCCUCUUUUCUCCCAUCUUUGUCGCCACCAAAAUCAUUAGCCGCCAAAAGGCCAAAACGGCGCUCGCCGGCUCAACGGUCAAGAUUCGCGGGCGUGAUGUCAUGGCAACGUGGAAAAUUCUCGUCGCGCUCGGCCUGGCGCCCACAGUCUACCAUAUCUACUCUAUCUUGAUUGUCGCGCGCGUCUGGUACGACCGCUUCUGGGGGUUGGUGCCGGCGGCGCUGCCUCUCUGGCUCGUGUACCUGAUGGUGUGGCCCACUAUCAUCGGCAUCACGUUUGCGGCGCUGCGCUUUGGCGAGGUGGGAAUGGACAUCUUCAAGUCGCUUCGGCCGCUGGUGCUGUGCGUAUUUCCAUCGUCGGGGUACAACAUCCACCGCUUGCGGGAGCAGCGGGCCAAGCUGAGCGCGCAGGUGACGGACGUGAUCAACGAGCUGGGGCCGGAAAUGUUUGACGACUUUGAAAAGACGCGGCUGGUGCCCGAUGCCAAGCACGAGCCCCCAACACCGGCGGGCGAGGGCCGGCGGCGCGACAGCGAGGCAAGCAUCGACAUCUUUGUGGAUCCUCCGGUGGACGGGGUGUCAUCGCGGACGCUGCCGCGCAACGACUCGUUCAGCAACAUUGGACACGUGGGCAUCUUCUCGACGCGGCCGCCGUCGCGGUCGCGUAGCCGGUCGCGAUCGAGCAGCGCCGGGGGUGGGCUGGGCCAGAGCGCGUUUCCCAUAAGCGGCUUCACGACGCUCGACUCGGCCGAGGGCUUCAACGAGGCGACCCGUAAGAUUCGGCAAGCAAUGAAGGACCGGCGCAGAAAAUCGGACAAGAUGAAGAUGGAGACGGGUGGGGACGAUCAGGCUGAUGAUAGUGAUGACGAGGGCUACGAUGAGGCGAGGAAGAAGGAUAUGUGA